UCACUCUCUGUCUCUCUCUCAGUUGCCUUUUGUUUGGCAGCCAUGUGAAUUCUGCCUUCAGUUUGGAGAUAAACAAAUAACAUCCAAAUUUCAAUCGCCUCACAACGAACUCGAAUCCAUAUUUCGAUUCCUGACUUUCAAACCGAAAGGUCAACACCAGAUUGUGUUUGUAUACGUGUGUGCAACAUUUCGUGGCCAAAUCUUUGACAAGUCUCCGACAAAUCUUGCAGUAUGGAAGAGCAAACACCGCCACCGAUCGCCAUGGAGAGGGAUAGUGCGACUAUUAUAGUCAAUGAACCAGAAGUUGCAUCGGGCACAUCCGGCAAUGUCAGCGAUGUGACGGACGAUAGACCCGGAGUUUCCGGUGUCCAUCUGCUGCUGAUGGUCCUCGACUCGGAUCGCCAUGUGAGCUUCCACGAGGAUGUUAUCGACAACGAGGGCAUGAAUCGCCGCAAGUCCAAAUGCUGUUGCAUUUACCGCAAGCCGCAGGUCUUCGGCGAAAGCUCCUCGUCCUCGGAUGAUGAGUGUGAGCAUUGCUGUGGCCAUCCCGAGGUCCGUCUACGCAAUCGCUUGAGGAAGCAACAGCAGGCAACGAUUUCCCAAUGCGGCUGCCACAGGUGUCACCACAGCCAGCAGCCCGUCCAGGCAGCCGUCCAGGAACCCAUUCGGGAUGCACAUCCGCAGCCCACUGAGUUGGCCGGCGACUCUGGAAACAUUAAGCCCAAAUCUGAAACACCUUCGCUCGUCUCGGCAUCCUCCCAAUCUCUGCAGCCUUGAAAAUGAUGCCAUCAAUCCCAAAUUGACGCAUCUGUUGAUUAAGCUCAUGUCCCUUUCAAUAGUCUGUUUUUUUGUUUUUUAUUUUGGUAAUUCUAUAAAAUUGUUUAGUUAUCUUUUCUUACAACUAUCGUA